UCAUCCUGGAUGUGGAUAACUCAUCUCUGGAGAGUCAGUACCAGAGCUUUGCCAGUCUCAUGGAGCAGCGCCUGGCUGAGCUGUUUGUGGUUGCUCGCCAGCAGGGCACUCGCUUCAGAAGAGCCACCACUGUGGACAGCUACACUGUCCAGAUGGUGAGUAUCCGUCGAGUGAUGGGUCAGAAGAACCCAGCAGAGAUGACCUACUACGUUCAGCUGAACGGUCGUCCGUUACCGGGCACGUCAGCCGCCAAGGUCGUGAACACGCUGGACUCUCAGACCAUGGCCCUCACACUGGGUUACUUCGUUCAGCUGCAGGCUGAACCCGUGGUGAAGAAUCCUCCAAACAAUCUGUGGAUCAUUGCAGCGGUGCUGGCCCCUAUCGCCGUGGUAACGCUCAUCAUCAUCAUCAUCACCGCCGUGCUCUGCCGGAAGAACAAGAGCGACUUCAAAGCCGACGCCAUGGGCAACCUUAACCCCCGUGUCAAGACGUCAUAUCGGAGGGAUGUUACAGGAUAUUACCACCAGCCUGUCCAGGGCUUUGACUAUGCCAAGCAGCACCUGGGCCGCGUGCAGGGUGGGGAGGGAGAGACCCUCCCCGUGACCCAGGACACCCUGGUGCUGCCCCUGCCCAUCCGGGAAGCCCCCCUCUCCCUCUCCCUGGAGAAGGCCCUGCACCAGGACGGCACCGCCAACAAGAAGACCCUCAACUCGGACAUACGCAAGAGGUACUAA